GAAUCUUGAUAGAAACUCGGAAACUAGAAAGUUUGACGUAUAGUAUACGUGCGUAUACGUUUGGAGAUUGUCGGCGGUAGCCUGAAUGUGACAAUUUAAUCUAAUAAUUACUUUACCUACCGAAUUAUUUAUUAUAAGAAAACGUCUACGUUCGGUAGGCAAUCGUGUGUUAAAUUGACAUGUGGCAUUAUUAUUAAUUACACAAGUUGUUCAAUUAGUUAUCUAGAAUGUUUAGAAGUAAAAUAAGAAUACAUACAUGCCGAAUAAUUCUCCUUACGUCCCUAGUUUGGUUAUUAGUUGAUGUUGUUUUACUAGCCUUAUACUCGGACUGUUUCGGCGACGGUUGCAAUAAGAAUAAAAAUCUAAAUAAUGACUACAUUGGCAAGGACAAUGAUGAGUUUAGAGGUAAAAAAGCAGCAAUAGCUGCUGCACUACAAAAAGAUCCAGAUGAUGAAGACACAAAUAUUGAAGAGAAUGAGGUCGAAAAUGAGGUUGGAGAUGAUGGUUUGUUGCUACCACAAUAUCCGAGAUCAAGGCUUAAGAGGUGGAAGCCAGUCCCGCCUGUUAAGCCACAGGGUGACUCUCCUGGAGAAAUGGGCAAGGCUGUAAACAUUCCCAUUGAACAAGAGAAGCUUAUGUUGGACAAGUUCCAAGAGAACCAGUUCAAUUUGUUGGCUAGUGACAUGAUAUCACUUAACCGAUCUCUUACUGAUGUGAGAUUUGAAAAGUGUAAAGAAAAGCAAUAUCCAGAGCUACUACCUACGACUAGUGUAGUCAUCGUUUUUCACAACGAAGCAUGGACUACCCUCAUUCGAACAAUUUGGAGCACCAUCAAUCGUUCGCCGCGCCCUCUGUUGAAAGAGAUAAUACUCGUCGAUGAUGCUAGCGAAAAAGAACACCUAGGGAAGAAACUCGAAGACUACAUAAAGACUCUCCCAGUCCCCACUCACCUCUUCCGAACGGAAAACCGCUCUGGCCUCAUCCGAGCGCGCCUUCUGGGGGCCAAACACGUCAAGGGUGAUGUUAUCACGUUCUUGGAUGCACACUGUGAAUGUACCGAGGGCUGGUUGGAACCAUUACUAGCACGAAUAGUGAAAGACAGAACAACGGUGGUGUGCCCCAUCAUAGACGUCAUAUCGGACACCACCUUCGAGUACAUUCAGGCGUCAGACAUGACAUGGGGAGGCUUCAACUGGAAACUGAACUUUAGAUGGUACAGAGUUCCGGAACGAGAGAUGGCCCGUCGAGGCGGCGACAGAACAGCGCCAUUACGUACCCCGACAAUGGCGGGCGGAUUGUUCGCCAUUGAUAAGGACUAUUUCUAUAAGAUCGGUUCCUACGAUGAAGGGAUGGAUAUUUGGGGAGGCGAAAAUUUGGAAAUGAGUUUUCGGGUGUGGCAGUGCGGCGGGAGGUUGGAGAUCGUGCCGUGCUCGCACGUGGGUCACGUGUUUCGCGACAAGUCGCCCUACUCUUUCCCUGGAGGCGUUCAGAACGUGGUGCUCCACAAUGCGGCUCGCGUCGCCGAAGUGUGGAUGGACGAGUGGGGGGAGUUCUAUUACGCCAUGAACCCAGGCGCGCUAAACGUGCCGGUGGGUGACGUGAGCGAGCGAAGGGCGCUCCGCGAGCGACUCAAGUGCAAGAGCUUCAGGUGGUACCUCGAGAACAUAUACCCGGAGAGUCAGAUGCCCCUCGACUAUUACUAUCUGGGAGAAAUUCGUAAUGCAGAAACGUCCAACUGUCUUGACACCCUCGGUGGCAAAGCGAGUCAGCCCUUGGGUAUGGGAUAUUGCCAUGGGAUGGGUGGAAACCAGGUGUUCGCGUACACGAAACGUAAGCAGAUAAUGUCGGACGACAAUUGCUUGGACGCGGCCCAUCCGCGCGGACCAAUCAAACUAAUACGCUGCCACGGGAUGAGAGGCAACCAAGAGUGGACUUACGACACUAAGACGCGUACGAUAAAGCACACGAACACGGGCAUGUGCCUGGACAAGCCGGAGUCGUCGGACGUGUGGAAGCCGCUGCUGCGGCCGUGCGACCGCUCGCGCGGCCAGCAGUGGCUCAUGCAGGCCGACUUCAAGUGGCAGGCGCGCCGCGGCCGGCCCAGCUAGUGCCAGGAUCGACGACGAUAGACCCUAACAGUCUUCCCCCUGUCGUUAGAUAAAAUAUUUACUUCCUUAUUCCUAUAUCUGAAAUUUUAUAUAUUCGAUUGUAUCGACGCGUGGGCCCGUGAACUGUUGACAAUACAUGCCGUAGUAAGUUUUAUGUAAACGUUGCUCAAAAUAUGAUUGUGUCUGGUAUGUAGGUUAGAGUGAUUUUUGUUUUGCUAUUCGAAGUUUACUUAGGCAUAAGUUGAUGACCAUUUAUGUGAUUAUAUACUCCUUUGAAGAUUCUA